GACUACGAGUAUAAAUAACGCACGAAUCGUUACUUACAUGCAAGCAUUGGAUGAAGAACAAUCUCUGAUAUGAGCAAUAUAAAUUCGAUCUUUUGCGAGAAUUACUUUUUAAGCAAAGAUGAAUUGGAAACUGCUGUUGGUUGUGUGUUGCAUCUUGGUUAUCAACUCUAAUGCCUGGAAGCGCCGAAGGUCUUCUCGUCGUCGUCGCGUGUGGAAGAAAGUAGGAAAGGUGGCGGGUCACGUGGUUCGCAUUGCGAAGUAUUUUGGAGACUCACGUCUUAAAAAGUUGUGUGAAUUAAAAGAUAAGGACCAGGGUGCAUACAAUCGUGAGAUGUUGAAGAUAGAAUCGGAUCUAAAGGAAGAAUACGGAGAAGACAAUGCUCAAAAGAUGCUUGAUGAAAUGGAUGAGCUUAUAUCGGAAAAAACGUUGAAUCCUGAUCAAGAACUCAUUCAACAUCAUGAUGAGGAAGAAGAGCCGAUUGAUGGAGAAAUCUAAACAAAUCAACCGUUAUAUAACCUAUUAGCCGUGUUGUUUAAACAAUA